AUGGCUCAAAUGACACGUAUGAAUCAACCUAGAGCCUAUGUGUUUACCAAGGAGCAAUCUGACCAUAUCCUACAAAUGCUGAGUAAAAGCAGUUGUUUCUCAGCAAAUAUGAACAAUGUGAAUGCUAUAGGAUCUGGUGACAUCUCAGGUAACACAACUGGUAAGGUUUCCGGUAUUUCUAAUGAGUGCUUAGCUAAGUUAGCUCAGUGGAUCAUUGAUAAUGGGGCAACUAACCACAUGAAUGAUAGAGCAGCAAUGGAGCAAAAGACGGUUGAUGAAAGUGUCUUAAGUUUUGCGGAAGAACAGAAGAAGGUGAAAGAAACUCUCCGUCAGCAGAACAUGGAGCUGCAAAAGAAACUCGACUUGAAGCAAGUGCUGGAUUUGGAGAUAGAACGUCUCAGAGGGGCUAUACAAGUAACGAAGCACAUGGAAGAUGGCCAAGAUGGGAAGAAAAAAUUAGAGGAGAUCGAAGAGAGCUUAAAUGACAAAAAAGAAGAACUAGAAGAUCUUGAAGCUCUGAAUCAAGCUCUAGUUGUUAAAGAGCAAAAGGCAAAUGUUGAGUUAAAAGAUGCCCGGAAGGAAUUGAUCGAUGUAAUGAAGCACUACUCUUCUCGAGCUUUAAUCGGUGUCAAGAGAAUGGGAGAACUUGAUAUGAAAAACAUUUCAAGACAUAACCAAGAUAAAAUUCCUUGGAAAAGAUUGAAAAUGAUUCCAAGUCCCAGUAAUAGUAGAUGCAUAACAACAGAGAUGUGGAAUUAUAAACUUGGAAGGAAAGCUACCCUCAAUGAAGGAAUAACAUAUGUUCUCCAGAAGUUGAAGGCCAGUAAAGCAAAGAGGCGUUAACUUUCACGGUUAUGUUUACCAUUUUGAAUUGCAUAUUAUACCUUUCCAAGAAAUUACAAUA